AUUAGAAAUAUAUAUUCUGCUUGGUAGUGUCAAUAAAUAUUAAGGCCGCUUUAUCUUUAUUUUCUUAUAAGUGGUUCUUUAUACAUAUAAUAAAUAUAUUAUUAGAAUUCUAUAAAGUCUUAGUUGUAAUAUCAGUUCAUUAGGAAGGGGCGAACGUAUUCGCGACACCACCCUUUACUUAUAGAAGUGUAUUAGAAGCUCCUCAAACCAUAAUAUCGCUUAAAGUAACUAACUUGUGGCACUGGAUUAACCCAAAAUAUGGAACCAAUUGAUAUUUCGCGCUUGGAGGAGGCAGUUGUUGUCUUUUAUCGAUCAACUUCUCAACAGCAAGCUAUAACACAUGACUGGCUUACUAAGGCACAAACAAGUCCACAAGCAUGGCAAUUUUCGUGGCAGCUAAUGGAACUUGGCAAGAGUCAAGAAGUCCAAUUCUUUGGGGCCGUUACAUUACAUUCUAAACUAAUGAAGUAUUGGCAUGAGGUACCUCGGGAAAAUCACGAUGAACUGAAACAAAAAAUUUUAGAAAAAAUUGUACAGUUCGCUUGUGGCCCUAAAUUAGUUCUUAACCGAUUGUGCAUUGCUCUCAGCGCUUUCAUUGUGCAUAUGCUUGGAGAAUGGUCAACAGCUAUAGAAGAUGUCAUAAACACCUUUCAGAAUGAGCAGAUACCAAACGUCAAUAAAGAAAUGCAAUUAUGGAUAAUGUUGGAAGUUCUUCAAGCUAUACCAGAAGAAAUGCAAGCAAUUUUCACGUCGGUCAAAAGAACGACAUUGCGUGCAGAAGUAGCGAAACGCGCCCAACUAGUAAUGGAGACAACAGAAGCUUAUUUAAAAAUGCAAUUGGAUCGUGAAUGGGACAGCGAAUGCUUUAGCAAUAUGACUCGAGCUGUUAAAUGUGUUGGUACAUGGGUAAAACAUAUCGGGUUUUCCAUUGAAAAUUGUCAGAAUAUUACAGCAAUAUUGCUUAAAUUGACGAACAAAUGCUACUGGCCUUGUAUUCAGGAUUCAGAUGGGGAUGGAUGUAUGUCUGCUGAUGAAAAUGAAUUAGCCGAAACGUGCCUAAAAACCUUACUUAGCAUAAUUAUUCAACCGGAUUGUCAUUCCUAUCCUAAAACGGCAUUUAUAUUGAUCCGAAUGUUUUUAGACUCGCUAUGCGAUAUCACCAAAAUGGAAUGGAAACGUGAUAAUAACAACGAAGACAUUGUAGUUAAUAUUUACACACUCUUUGUAUCUGCCGUUGAAAGGCACUCACAGCUUCUGUUGAGUGGAAUAACAACUACCGACCCAGAGCUGUCUGUUCUCUAUGGUCGUCUUGUUAAUGAGAUUCUGCAAUGUACAGAUAAACCGGGAAUAUACCCAGUAGAAGAGUCAUGUAGCAGCAUGGCUAUGGGGUUUUGGUAUUUGUUACAAGAUGAGGUGUUUGCUAUGCACAAUGAAGAGGAACGCAUGAAGUGUUGGGAAUAUAUAAAACCAUUAUAUGCACAUUUGACUCGAAUAUUAGUUCGCAAAUCAGAACAACCUGAUGACAAUUCUAUUGAGAAAUGGACAUCAGAUGAUUUGGAAAGUUUUCGUUGCUAUCGUCAAGACAUAUCAGAUACAUUCAUGUACUGUUAUGAUGUUUUACAUGAGUAUAUACUCGAUAUACUGGCUACAGUACUCGAUGAGACUAUUGCUGAGUUGCAAAAUAAUCCCACACAAUGGACCAAACUUGAGGCUUGCAUUUAUUCAUUCCAAUCCGUAGCAGAACAUUUUGCAGGAGAAGAAUUAAAGCAGAUUCCAAAGCUGAUGCGUGUUCUAUCCGAAAUUCCUUACAAUAAAAUGAAUGAAAAGUUGCUCGGCACCGCCCUGGAGACUGUUGGUUCUUACUGCCAGUGGUUAAAAGAGAAUCCGACGUAUAUACCCCCCGCUAUUGAACUGUUAGUGCGAGGACUGAAUUCUAAUAUGUCUGCUCAAGCUACUUUAGGGCUUAAGGAGCUCUGCUGUGAUUGCCAACUUCAAAUGAAACCAUACGCUGAACCACUUUUGAAUGCUUGCCAUACUUCGUUAACCUCAGGCCAGAUGAAAAAUUCUGAUUGUGUGCGUUUAAUGUAUAGCAUUGGAAAACUUAUGAGUUUGCUUCCAGCCACUAAUAUACCCAACUAUUUAGAUAUUAUAGUUGGCCCAUGCUUCGAGGAGCUGCAGACCAUUUGUCAAAAUGAUUGUGUAAGGAGGAAAAGUGUGAUUCUAUUUAGGUACUGUUCCAAUCUGGGUUUUCCAUUUUUUUUUUUUAAGAAAACGCCAGCAACGAGGAUACGAACCAUUUUUCGACUGAAUAUGAUAUCAACAUUAUUUUCAUCGCUCAACACGGACUUGGAUGAAGACGAUCAGAUCGAAAACCUAGAAAACGUGCAACCCGUGUUGAUUGUAAUGCAAAAAACUAUGCCUAUAUUUCGGCAAAUCGCUGAACUUUGGGUGGAAGAAAUAGAUGUGCUUGAGACGGCUUGUACUGCUUUGCAACAUGCAAUUGUUAACCUCAAAUCCAGCUUUCGACCUAUGUUACAGGAUCUCUGUUGCUUUAUUGUCGCUAUUUUCCAAACGCGUUGCUGCGCGCCAACUUUGGAAAUAUCAAAAACGGCUAUUAUAAUAUUCUAUAAGGACGAGGGAUGUAAGUCUUUAAUGCAACAACUUCUAGUUGAACUCGUGCUUCACAGUUUUAAAUUAUUCGAAUCCACACCGGAGAACGCUUUCUCGAAUAUCGCCGACACAAUUGAGGUGUUCUAUGCAUGCCUCAUGCAGAUCAUUAAAAAGUUGCCUCAAGCCCUAGAUGACAAAGCGAUUGCAUUUGACAGGCUAAUAUACUAUGCGUUGAAGGCAACAACCUUGCCAGAAAAUGGUCCUAUACGCACUGGUGUGCAGUUUCUGUCGCAUUUCAUUCUGCAGUCACGUAAUUAUCAGAGUAUGACACAAGCAGUGCUUAAUGCUGGCGAGGAGAUUGUUCGCACUGCAGUAUUAUGUGUUGGUUGUGUCGCUCCCCGACAGCAAGUGGAAAAAUUCGCUGAUAUUUUCAUAGCAAUCAAUAAAAAAUAUCCAGCGGAAUUAGUUGCUUGGCUGAAGUUAGUUAUGCAUGUACCAAACUUUCCCACACAACUUGUCGACGAAGCUGAGAAAUCUAAAUUCGUUACAUUGAUUAUAAGGGAAAAAGUCAACAGACGUUUGCUGCAAAAACAUCUCAGCGAUUUCGCAGUAAAAUCGCGAGGCCUAACAGAUAAAUUUCAGUAGAAACUUCAAAUAAGCGCUAAUAGAGAAAUUUAAUUUAAAAAAUAAUAAAAUAUACGACUGUACAUAUUUCCUUUUUGCCAAAUUAUGUUAAUCGUAAAUUGAAAAGUCACUAACGGUCGAUGUUUGAUGUAAUAGUGACAUGCAAAUUUGUUAUGCUUUCCCGUGUUAGUAUUUGCCGUAAUUUUAUUGAAUUGGGUAGGCGAGAUUACUAUGAGUCGAGUUAAUUUGUUUGAUUUUAGAUUUAUAAAAUUAUAUUUUAAAAUAAGUACUGAGUUUAUAUUUUGUUAUGAAAAUGAUUACAAAACAGCUCAAUAAAAAAUUUGAAAAAUUGUAGUCCUAUUACAUAUUACUUAAUAUAUCAUAAUUCAUAAGUAAAUUAAUUAUUUUAUACAAGCAGAAGUUUCAUUUAUGGAAAAAACUUAAAAAUAUAAUAUAUUACAACUAAACAACAAACCAAACUAAUUGAGGUUUACCAUUAAUUUUUGGACAUGGUUAAUUUACAAGAAAAUAUGAAAUUUUCGAGUAUUUUCCAAGAUAAGAACACCGAAUAUAAUUAUAGGAAAGAUAUAAAUAAAAGACAUGGGUUAUAAAUUAUUAUACUUGUAGCUAAAGUCUGUCUAUUGUCAACAGUAUACGUUUUUGUAAGAGAGUGCCGUUCAAGGUUCCCAGUUUAUGUACAUAUAAAUCUGAUUUCUCUGGAAUACAUAAAUUUAUGGAGAGUUAUUGUGAAAAAUGUGAUAGUAGCAAUUUAGAAAAUUUCUUUUCAAAUCAAUAACAACAUAAAAAUGCUUUUAAUCAAUAAUAUGAGCAUAAUCUAUUUCCUGACUACUUAUUUCUUUAACAGUUUCACAUAUGUUCAUCAUUAUAAGCGUUUUUCGAGUAAAUGUUAUGUAUCACUUAAAAUUAUUUUAUCUACAUUACUCUGAAUAGCUAUGAAAUAAAGAUAAAAGUUGCGUAUAAUUGUAAAUGCAUGAUUUUCCUUUAUAUUCCUGCCAAUAAUAAAGCGAUUAACUUUAAAUAAAGAGAAACAAGUGUCACUCUGAACCAGAAAAUCGGUAUACUGCUUGGAUAGUUAAAGGUAAAGUAUAUGCUUGAGUGUCGUGGAUAGAUAUUUGCAUAUGUAGAUAAGUAGGUUUUAAUUUAUAUAUUUCCGCAGUUUAAGAAUAUCAAAUAGUAGCUCUGUAUGUUAUCUCUAUCCAUCUAGCAAAUUUCCAUCCCCUCACAUGUGGAUGACACGUGUUUAAAAUGAAGCAUCUACCCUUCGCAAAUUGCGAGCUUUUUCACUUUACGGAGUAUAUCGGUACCCUUAUAAAUUCUCGACCACAUUUUUACCAAAUUGUUCACUGCAAAUACUGGAUUAAAUUUUGUAGUUAUGGACUUCUUCACUUUACAUGGGGCCCUCCUUCAAACUUUAAGACAAUCUUCCAAUCGGUUCUUAAAGACGCAACCCUAGUAUGACCACCGGGAACAAAAUGACGCAGAUGAAUAAGCUACAGAUUAAGUAUUAAGAUAGCAUGGACAUGGCUUCUUGUGCAAACUGCCGGUUUUGCGACAUGGAACCGGAAACUUCUAACUAACGAACUCCGAACUAAUUUCUAUUAUAUUCUUUUAAUAACUAUAAUAAGCUUUUAUUAUUUUUCAUGUAAUAUUGCAUUAUAGAUCAAU